AUGAUUGAAAUAUCAGAAGGGGAGAAAAAUAAUAAUAAUGAGAGUCGAAUUGUAGAAAAAAGAAAAGAGCGAGAUGAAGAGGGUAGUGCGGAGGAUGAUUUUAUUACUAUCGUCAGAAGAAGACCUAAACGUAUGUUGAGAAGUGAAGAACUGGAAGUAGAGAACAGUAUGAUGAAGAAACCCAAAUUAAUGCAAAUCACGAAGUUUGUGUCAGUUCAUUCAGGUCAGGUUACUCAAACAAGUUGCACUGGCCAAACUACUUCAAUCUGA